AUGCUGAGCGGAGGGCGGAUGGGGGAGGAGGAGGCGGCCUGCAUGUGCCUGCAUGACUUCGACGGCGAUGGAGAAGAGGAGGUAGCAUGUGCCCUUCCUUCCGGUCGCCUCUGCAUCCUCAAGGCAAGGGAUGGGGACCAGCUUGAGGAGAUUUCGAGCACAGCCAUGGAAUGCGAGGGGAUGGUUGUGUUUCUGCUUGUAGGGAGACUGCUGGACGAGGAAGUUUCAAACCUCAUCGCCAUCGACAUGGCAGGAGUAGCGCAUAUUUACUCCGUCCACGUCCACACCUCCAGGAGGAUCUCUACCAAGAGAUGCUUUUCCCAUCCCCUGACGAAGAACAUUUGCAAGGCGACUGUCAUGAUGGUCGGCGAGACGCGAUCCUGCAUCCUGAUCGCCACAACUGACGGGAAAUUUCAAGCAUACGUACCACAAGAGGUUCAGGUGAAGGAGCUGGUAUCCCGUUCCGCGAAGCUUUCGUCGUCGGCCCUGAUGACAAGCAUGCUUGAAGACAACUCGAGGAGCCCCCGCAGCUCAGACGCGAAGUCUGCCGUCCAUCCUUCGGCGUUACAGGAUUUCUUCUCUCCUGCCAGCCCUGCCAGUCAAAGUCUGCCGCUGCUGAGACCGAAGGCAUCCGGCAUAUCCGGGCAGUUCCGUCUGCACCUCUACCACUCGCAUCAGUUUCAGAACGGAAUCUCCAGCAUCUGCCCUGUUGGAACCAACCGCGAUGGGCACCCAGUGUGUGCAGUGUCGCUCAUCACCAAGGUGAGCCCGAGAGUCUUGGUGAUCAACGGAAGGCAUUCCUUGGAGAACAUGGAAGACUCAAACAACAACGAGGCGGAGAUUGAGCAUGAAUGGCUCAAGUCUCAGCUGAACUUGUGCGGGUCUGCAGACCAAGUCAAGGACAACAUCGUCAUCUCCAUGGAUGCGAUCGAGGCAACCGGAGGAGAAGCAGAGGACGAGGCUGCGCAGCCAGCGAAAACGGAUCUCGGAGAUACGGCCUCGUCCCUGUCUAGCGUCUGGCUUGUUGCUGGUGUUCAUUGCAACGGAGAGAUUUUUGUCCACAAAUUUCAGGCCAACUCGUUGCCUGUUGGCGAUGCGAAUCAGACCUUAGAUGCGUCCUCUUCUACCUCCUUGCCGGGAAACGAGAUACUCAGUUUUAAGAUCGAUGUCAAGUCGCGGGAUGACCGACCUAUAAGCAUCAUGUGGCGACGAGGACCUGUCUUGCUGGACUCUUGUGCCCUGUUGGAUCAGGUGGUUGUGUUUACACAGAUGGGAAGGGUUGUUUUCAUCGACAUGGAAGGGCAUUCCAUCCUCGCUGAAGUUGGGGCUCCCAUAGCACAAGCGUCAGUCCGAUCGUCUGCGUGCAACAAGCGCUUAUUCCUUGCCGUCCUCCUUCUCUCUGGACAUGUUCGCUUCUACACCGACAUCCGCCUGACAAGCCUCAAGAUGCGAUCUCUUCUCCAUGUCCGCCAGCAGCUCAGCGACCUACUCGACUUUUCCUCCUCUGGUUCGCAAGAUGUGGAGCAAGAAAUUUCGGCGGCGCUCUACACGGACUGGAACGGGCGAGCCAUGCACGAGUACAAGCAGUGGCUUCAAAGCUCCACAGCAAGAGGAGAAAGAUGA